GACGGAAUGACGAUUGGUGUAAAAUUUGUUGCUUCACGUCAGCCAGUUAUAUUUUUAAUUUUUUUUUUCAAAACAACUCGUUAUUGGAUUCAAUUUAUUGGUUACCGAGUAAAAAUUUUAGAAAUAUAUAGCAUUUAAUUAUGGAUUAUAUAACAUCAGAAAAAGGAGAUACAGCAGAGAACAGGGAUCCGAACUCACACGUCGCAAAUGGAGCGUCUAAGGCAUGUUUAGAAAGCAAAAGCAGUAUUGACAAUGAUAAACCCAGCACAGAGACACCACAAGAAAGCGCCGCAUGCACAUCAGAGUCCACCGAAGAUUUGGAAUUAUGUGAAAUACCAGAACAAGUCGAAUUUACUGUAGUUUUUAAUAAAAUGAAACAUGACAUCACAUUCGCCUACGACGCAACUGUAUUAGAAUUAAAAGCUCACUUGGAACGAAUAUGCGGAGUGCCGCAAUCAGCUCAAAAAUUAAUUAUAAAAGGAAUGGCAAAAGAUGAUGUGACCCUUCGAAAAGCUGGCGUUGUUAAAGGAGGAAAGGUCAUGCUUGUGGGGUCAAAAAUGGAUGAUAUUCUGGCUGUGAAAAGUGCACCAAAGGAAAUUCAAGAAGAAAAAAAUAGUAGUCAGUCAAGUAAAGAACCUCUUUGUAUGCAAAAAAUCCAUAGGAAAGUUCUGGACAAAGGCAUUCCACCAGAUGUCAUGCCCGGAAUAAAAGGUGUAAAGGAGCCCCUACCACCAGUUCCCCUCAGUGGCAUGUUAAAUAAGCACGGUGGAAAGGUGCGGCUGACGUUCAAACCAGAACAGGACCAGCUGUGGCUCGGAACCAAGGAGAGGACUGAGAAGCUUGCCAUGACAUCUAUUAAGAGUAUUACUUCAGAACCAAUAAAGGAUCAUGAAGAAUAUCAUAUUAUGGGUCUUCAAUUAGGACCGACAGAAGCAUCUCGCUAUUGGGUAUAUUGGGUGCCCGCGCAGUACAUCGAAGCUAUCAAGGAUGCCGUACUUGGCGUAUGGCAAUUCUUCUAAAUGUCCACAUCACUGCCGACUUACUAACAAGCUACUUGGGUAGUUGCAAUAUUUAAAAAAAAAUCUAAAUGUCAAAUUUUAACCCUAAUAGUCAUUAUUUUAUAACAUUGUAAUAUUACAAUACCCAUCUGUGGUUGGGGAAUAAAUUAGAUACAAUGUCAAUGAUUGUACAUUAAACCUAGUGUUUGAUUAUAUUUGCUGUUUCACACAAUUAUUUUCUUGAUUGCCAUUAUUUCAGAAAUGCUGGAUUUCAAAUGACCUUGGUUGAUACUUGUAUGCAUCAAACUCAACAGCUGUAAAUUGCUAUAUAGGGAGCCAAGUUAUACGUGAGCUUAUUAUCCCGUUAUUUCGAUCCUGAUCUCUAUUUAAAUUUACAAUAAUUACUCAGCAAAGGAUUGAUUCGAAAGCAAAUUCGACUGCUAAAUUAUUUAAUAUAAUUUUUAUUAUAAGCUUUGGAAAUGAUUAUUUUAUAAAUUACAUUUAAGUUUUCUUGUCAAUCCUUCACUGCAAUUUGGAUAAUAGAGUUAGAUAAAAUAAAAUGUUUCAAAUGA